AUGUCCAACUCGAAAUCUUCCUUCUUUGCUCGGCCCAAGCACCAUGAUACUCAAGGGACUGCAAAUGAAGACGACCACCACGUUGACGAGUCAACCCAACUGCUUUUACAAGAGGCUGCAAAUUUGGAAGCCAACGGAGAUUUGAAAAAUGCCCUCGAAGCCUAUCGCAAAUCACUGCAACUCUUGUUUCAACAAGGUCUCCGCAACCAUCAAUCCGUUGCAGAGACCUAUGAAAAGAGCGCCGAUAUUCUUGCAAAAGUGGGAAACAAACAAGGCGCAGAAGUGGCAAGAAAGAAAGCAAACAUGAUCUAUCGGAGUCAGUUCAACUCUCUUUCCAAGCAGGGCAAAAUGAAGGAUGCCUACCUUUGCUUUGGAAAGUCCAAAAAAUUAGAAGCAUUGAUGUCUGCACCUCCAAUACAACGCCGACUUUCUGGCAGACUUCAGUUUGAUCGGGGUGCUUCCAUGACGAGUUCCAGAUCCCUAAUGAGGGAUUCGUCCAGCCGAAGCAUUACCAGUAUUUCUUCUACCAGAUCCGAAUUGCGGCCCGAAACGCAGGAAUUCAUGACUACCUUGAAUGGAUAUCUGAAUUGCCGUCACCGAAUGGAUCACAAAUACCAAGAAGUAGACUCGGGUAAUCGUCUUGCGGCACUGGAACUGAAAACGGACUCUGGAGGCAUUGCUACGAAUGAUAGCUCGCUGGAAGAAUACAAGGAAAAUUACCGCCAAGAGUCAAUCCAUGGAGGUCCAGUGAAGACAUUGGACGAGCUCUACGCCGCUGCCAAGGCAGCCAAACCAGUAUUCAUGGAAACGAUAAACUCAUUGGUCUCCAAGGUUUCCGAGGACUGCAAGGUAAACAAUAACGAAGAAGAAGAUAUCCAGGUUUGCUUUGCCGAUUUGAAGGAGAAAGAUCGGGCUCUGGAAAAGGCAACCGAUGACUAUGGAAGACGAAAUCCUGGUCCAGGCGUAUCAUGGCUAUACGAUAUUGUGCGGGGAAGUGUCGAGUUUGGAUCUGCCACUGCCAUUGAGGCUUUUGUGAAAUCCUUGCACGACGAAAAUACCAUCCAUAUUGUCAAGGCCAAGAACCGGUUUCAAAAACCGAGUCUGACGGGAUAUCGUGACAUGUGUGUCCAAUUUCGAAUCCAGACCACGGACGGCCUCUCUCAUAUUUGUGAGGUGCAAAUCCACCAUAAAGUCCUAUUGGCUCUUGACCAUAGAAUAGGGUCGCACGCCUUUUACGAAUUCUUUCGAUCCUAUUUUGCUGGUGCUGUCGGCAGUUUGCAAGAGCGUCUGGAAGACUUGGAGCUGAUUAGUGAUGGUGCGCUGGUGAACGACUCCUUCCUUGACAAGUUUCUUGUUCAAUGUCGAAAUGUGGAUCGUUUGGAGAGAUUGGCGCAACUAUUUCACCAGAAACUUUGUGAAUAUGAUGCUGCGAUUCAAAUCUACCAAAGGCUGGUGGAACUGCACACUGCUGAAUAUGGACCGAGCCACCAGUUUGUAGCUGGAACCUACGCUACAAUUGCUGAUAUCAUGCAAGUAAAAGGAAAGAGCGAGGAAGCCCUUGAAAUGUAUGACGUAUCGAUCAGACUGUGUGCAAAGUCUCUCGGUGUUAUGCAUCCUGCCACCGCGUCGAUGCUGAAUAAUAUGGCAUCCGUGUUAAGCGCAACGGAUCGGUUGGAUGAGGCGUUUGCAACUUAUGGCAAUGCUGUGAAAAUAUACAAACAUCGGCUCGAAGAGCCGAAUCCAGCAUUUGAUUCUGGGCAUCUACUGAAGUCUUUGGCUGGAACCUAUCACAAUAUGGCGGACAUUAUGAUGGACCAGUGCCGGUUUGAUGAAGCACUCAACCUUCACACGGAGGCUCUAGAGCUCAAGUUGCAGGAGUAUGGCGAAACACACGAGUCCGUCGCCAUGUCAUUGAAUAGCAUUGGAGAAGUCUUAGAGUCUCAGGAUAAGCUUGAAGAAGCAAUGGCGAGCUACGAAAAGGCUCUAGAUAUCUACAAGCGAACGGUUGGGCAUUCACACUCUCAUACCGCGGAUUGCUUACAAAACAUAGGUGAGCUCUUGCAACAACAAGACAAAUUCGAUGAAGCCCUUGAGCUGCUUCAUAUGGCGUUAGAUCUCAAGAAGAAAAAUCUUGGUGAAGAUCAUACGCUUGUUGCUAAUAUGUACACGUCGAUCGCUAGUGUCUUGGUGGAGAAAGAUAAGCACGAUGAUGCCAUCGAACUUUACAAAAAGGCUUUGGAAAUAAAGAAGGCCACUGUUGGUGAGAGCCACUCAUCUGUAUCUUCGGUUUACGUUUGCUUGGGAAAUAUAUACUAUUCAACUGGGAAAUUUGACAAAGCGAUGGAAAUGCAAUGGACUGCUCUAUCUAUCGCAAGGAAAGCCAGUGGUAGUGAGCACCAUUCACUACUAGAUAUAUACAACGCCAUGGCAUUCAUUCUACUUGCCCAGGAUAAAUUGGAGGAAGCGCAGUGCCGAUUCAGGCAAUCACUUACCCUCGGAACAAAGCUGUUUGGCGAAGAUAGUACGGCUAUAUCCUUCAUCUAUAGCGGUCUUGGUGUAACUCUGAAGCAGCUGGGGAAGUUCGAUCAAGCGCUGGAGAUGUAUGAACAUUCGUUGCAAAUCGAUCGGAAGACAUAUGGAGAUGAUCACAGCAACGUCACAAUUGGAUAUGCUAGAAUUGCCAACUUGAUGGUCAAGAAAGGAGAUUUGGACAGAGCGAUUACUACGUUUGACCGGGUAUUGGACUGGUACGAAAAACGACCGCGAGAACACAUCCGCUCCCACAUCUCGGCGCUCUUUCAGACAGGUCGCAUGUAUUCCUUUCUUGAUCAGCUGGAUAAAGCAAUGGAGUGUUUUCAACGGGCUUUGGUUCUCUGUAACACUUCUGGUUCCAAUGACAAGCAUAUUGCCGCAACGGCGCAUGUCUACGUUGGUAAUACUUUGAGUUAUCAAGGCAAGAUAGACCAAGCUAUGGCUAUGUAUCAAGACUCGAUGCGAAUCAACCGAAAGAUUUAUGGGGAAGAUCACGUUAGCAUCGCCAAUGGAUACAACAAGAUUGGCGUAAUUUUAGUCGGAAAAGGAGAUUUUGAUGGAGCCAUGACGAACUUCAAUCGGUCGUUGGAUUGGUACACAAAAAGAUCUGGUGAAAACGCUCUCUCCCUGAUUAAAGUCCUCCUGAAUUAUGGUGAUAUGCACAGGAACCUCGAAGAGCUGGACAGCGCCAUGUGCUAUUUUCGACGAGCGUUAAGCACCUGUAAGGAUGCUGGAUUCGAAGAACAGUCUAUAUCAGCGAUCGUUCGCAACGAGAUUGGAGAGACUUUGAGACAUCAAGGAAAGAUGGAAGAAGCGCUACAGAGGUAUCAAGAAUCAAUGAGAAUAAACCAGAAGAUAUAUGGAAAUGACAAUAUCAGCGUCACAAACGGAUAUUGCUACAUUGGCAACAUUUUGGUGGAGCAAGGUGACUUUAACGGGGCUAUGACAAAUUUCCAGCGGUCCUUGGACUGGUGCGAAGAACGUCUCGGGAACCACACACUCACCCUUUCCGGCACUCUUGCUCUAGUCGGCCGGAUGUACAUUCGACAGGAGAAGUAUAGCAAAGCAAUCGAAUGCUUUCAGAGUGCCUUGGAUGCCUGUAGCAGUGCUGGUUUUGAAGACAUGUAUAUUCUCGGAACGCUUUACGCCGACAUGGGAUGGGCACAAAAGCUUCAAGGGAAUCUGUUGGAGGAGUCGAGGAGGUCUUAUCGAGCAGCAAUAGGAAUCUAUCGUAGCGUCUACGGACCAAAUCACCUUGCUCUUGGUGAAGUCUAUUUGGGUCUUGGUGAAGUGUGGACACUCCAGGGAGACUGGAACAAGGCAAGGAAGUACCUACAGAAGGCGCAAGAAAUUUAUGCAACUAAAGUCGGUCGACACACGGCGAUGGCAGCCGAGGUAACCCUUGCCCUCGGAAUUCUGAAGGAACAUGAAGGUUUACUCAAGGAAGCUUUGGAUUUGCUGAACUCGGCACAGAAGGUAUUUCACGACACUGCGCAUACAUGGAGCCAGAAGGACGCCAAAAAGAAAACAAAGCAGACAGCUGUGGCAAUAAAGAAACAUCUUGGAGCCACCAAGGAGAAGAAGAAACCAAGCGCUAGCAAAGGAGGUUGGAAGAAGGUGAAAACAACCACCUAG